AUGGAUAUCUUCAGAGUACUUUCCAGAGGCGCUUCUUUGAAGAAGUCAAGAGAAAUCACCACUGAUUUCUCUAUGCCGGCUCAGAAACAAGAGGAGAAGUCUAAAAAGACAGAGCUAGAUACGGCAAGACAAGUAGACAAGGAAACCGAUUUUUUCCACGUGAAAAAACACAAACUGGUGCAAGGAGCUCGUCAAGAAGAAGAAAAUAAUGACAACUCUUCGGAUGAAGAAGAAGAAAAAGAGAUCAAUAUCAUCAAAGACCAGGACGAUGCUAAGAAAUUGAGGAAGUCCUACAAAGCAAAAGUCUCAGGUGACGAUAUGCCUCUUCCAAUUGCUUCCUUUGAAGAUAUGGUGAAACGUUUUAAGCUCGACCAGAGACUGUUGCAAAAUCUCAUUGACUCGGAGUUUACAGAGCCAACUCCAAUUCAAUGUGAAGCCAUACCGUGUGCUCUGAACUCGAGAGACCUCAUUGCCUGUGCACCUACAGGUUCCGGUAAGACACUUGCGUUUUUGAUCCCUUUGAUAAGUCAGUUGAAAGCAAGUAAGAAGGAGCAUGGACUUAGAGGAUUGGUGAUUUCUCCAACCAAGGAAUUGGCAUCCCAGAUAUUCAACGAAGCAGAGAAGCUAGCCAAGGGGAAUUCACUCAGAGUGACGAUGCUUUCCAAAAGCGUUGCUGCCAAGCUGAAAAACAAGAUAAUUUCGGCUUCCAAAUACGACAUUAUAAUAACCACGCCCUUGAGACUGAUUGACCUGGUGAAAAGCGAGGCGCUCGAUCUGAGCGAUGUUCAGCACAUAGUAUUUGAUGAGGCCGACAAACUUUUUGACCAGAGUUUCGUGGAACAAACUGACAGCAUUCUAAGUCAUUGCACCAACAAAAAGCUGAGAAGAUCGAUAUUCUCUGCCACUAUCACUUCCACUGUGGAGGAGCUCGCACAAUCCAUCAUGAACUCUCCAGUAAGAAUCAUCAUUGGCCAUAAAGAGGCGGCCAACUCACAGAUCCAACAGUCACUGGUAUUUUGCGGCAACGAAGACGGCAAGCUUGUGGCUAUCAGACAGAUGAUUCAAAAAGGCGAAUUCAAGCCUCCUGUCAUCAUCUUCUUGCAAUCGGUGGUGAGGGCCAAGGCUCUGUUCCACGAGCUUCUCUACGAUAAGCUGAACGUGGACGUGAUACACGCGGAGAGAACACAGAAACAGAGAGACACUGUCAUUGAGAGAUUCAGAGCAGGUGAGAUUUGGGUCUUGAUCUGUACAGAUGUGAUGGCUCGUGGUAUUGAUUUCAAGGGAGUGAAUCUUGUGAUCAACUACGAUGUCCCACAGUCUGCACAGUCCUACGUCCAUAGGAUCGGAAGAACCGGAAGAGGAGGAAGAAGUGGCCAGGCAGUUACGUUUUACACCAAGGAAGACGUGGUUGCCAUCAAACCGGUCAUAAAUGUGAUGAGGCAGUCUGGUUGUGAGGACCAGCUGAGUGAGUGGAUGAACGAUAUGCCGAAGAUCACCAAACAGCAGAAGAUUGACGUUAAGCGCAGGCCCCAGAUGAGAAAGGAAAUUACAACGGUUCCAAAGGUGGUGAGGCAAAAGAGGAAGACUCGCAAGGAGAUGAUCGCAGCAUCAAAGAAGCGCAAGACUUUACAGGAAGACGCUUCUGACGAAGACGACGAAUGA